GUUAUUAUAACACUAGCUUUAUCUGGGGAAAAUAUCAGAAAAAAGUUAGGCCCUGACCGGGAUUUGGACCGUGACGCAUCCGUUCCACAUCACAAAAGGUAACUUUGGCGACCUACACCUUGCAACGCGGUGUAAUUUUCUUAUUUCUUAUCAUGCAGAUUAAUUAAGUUAUGCUGACAUUGAACUUGACCAAACUGAUCCCAUAUACAAGUCCAAACUCGGCUUUUCAAUAAGCUAUCGAUAUGACGAGUUUAUUUUAAAUACAUGUACAUCAAUACAAACUGAAGUUAUUUAAUGGAAACCGUUUUCUUUUUCUGUUUUAGAAACAGUGAUCUUGACCUUAACCCAAGUGACCUAACAUGCAAUCCCAACUCCGUCUCUGUGUAAGAUACCUAUUUACCAAGUUUCACUGCGAUUGGUCACUCUAAAAUCAAGUAAUUGAACGGAAACCAACAAAAGUUGAUGCCGCACGCUGGGUCGCCCGCCCAUCGACAUUCGCCAAUCUCAACCAGUUAUUUGAAAAUCUGUUUAGAAAUUCUUAAAGUGAACAUGGUUAUAGCGACUUAUCGGAUAUGACGAACACAUGUUUAUAUCGAAAUGUUAAAGACUACAUCAAAAUAUGAUUGGAUAUUAUAUCCCCAAAUCAUUAUUUUAUCAAAACGAUGCCAUAUCUAACAGUUCUGAUUCUAUUUAUGCUACAGCUUGCGACUAAAGUGUUCAAUGGUUCAUGAUGCAAGUACCGUUAGUGUGGCACGUUGGCUAUGAUUAAGCGUAGAAUAGGCAUACACUUAUAAAGUUAACAAUAAUAUAAGCGCAAGAAAUGGACAAAUGUCACCCUGAACACCACUGUCUGACUUGCUACGGUGUUCCUUACAACUGUGCCACGUGCCCGAAAGGUUAUUUUUUGAGAAGAGGCGGGGCUUAUUAUACAUGUACUAAAUGUCCAUCACAGUGUGUAGAAUGUCAGCAUUACACGUCCUGUUCCGUUUGCAGAAUAAAGAAUCAUUAUGGAAGGGUUUGCCAGAAUGUCUGCAGUAAAGGAUGUCUAAAUUCAACUUGCGACCAAUCAUCGGGCACAUGUCUAUGUAAAGAUAAUUAUGAGGGUGCAUACUGUGACUACUGCGCGAAAGGAAAAUAUGGAUUUGACUCCAAUUGUACAAAGGACUGUUCUGCAAAUUGUUAUACAUGUCAUUCUGAUAAAAACUGUACAGGAUGCAAAGACGGUUACUAUGGAAACCUGUGUGAACUUCCUUGCUCCAGAGGGUGUUAUUUAGGUAAAUGUGAUCAAAGUAAUGGCACUUGUUACAAAAGCAGAUGCAAAUCGAAUUUUGCUGGCAUAAAUUGUGAUAAGUGUUCCCUAGGACGAUUCGGAAACAAGUGUAUGUCCAUAUGCCCUGAAAAUUGUAUCUCUUGCUCUGCGAGAACAACAUGUGACAAUUGUAAAGAUGGUUACUGGGGAAAUGCAUGUCAACAUAAUUGCUCUCAUGGAUGUCUAGAUGGCGUUUGCUUAAAAGAAUCUGGUAUGUGUCAGAACAAGAAAUGCAAAUCCGGAUUUCUUGGUGAAAAGUGCGAGAAAUGCAUUUCCGGGAGAUAUGGUGUAAACUGCAAUUUGAACGAAACAGUGUUUGGGAAUGACUCGUCUGCAAGUACAAUAGAUUUUCAAAUAUGUUUAAUAGCAGUUCUUGUCCUGUUUUGCUUCGCGGACGUGACAGGUCUGUAUUAUGUCUAUUAUCUAUUCUAAACACGUAUACGUUGACAUUUUAAGUUUUUCUGCUUGCAAAUAUGAUGUAUUGUUACUCUAGUGUCCACGUACCGACAACUCAGUUAAUUACUGUAUUUAAAUAUAUAUUUGGAUGAAGCUAUUUAUACAUGUGUUGUACUAGAGAAACAAGAAAUAACAAGAUAUGACAAUAUUUCCUUUAUGUUAGAGUUACAAAUGGACACUGAUAAACCACAACAUUUUAUCUAUAACCCUAUAUGGUUUGAUAUAAUCACUUUCAACUCCCAACACUCGUUUGCGAUAUAGAAUUCUUUCAUAUGAGAGAGAUCUCUAACGUUUGUGGUUCUACUCAUAACCUGUGGCGAAGUGGGAUGUGUUACCUCCAUUAAAGCUAGAAAGUCACCUCAUGACCUUAUUGUGUCGGUGUAACUAAAACCCAAAUAAAGUUAAGAACAAUAUUCUCUAAAGGCCCCCACAUAUAGAAUUAGCAAAUAUGUAUAAAUUAAAUGAGCCGCGCCAUGAGAAAACCAACAUAGUGGGUUUGCGACCAGCAUGGAUCCAGACCAGCCUGCGCAUCCGCGCAGUCUGGUCAGGAUCCAUGCUGUUCGCUUUUAAAGCCUAUUGGAAUUGGAGAAACUGUUAGCGAACAGCAUGGAUCCUGACCAGACUGCGCGGAUGCGCAGGCUGGUCUGGAUCCAUGCUGGUCGCAAACCCACUAUG